GAGUGACCUCCCUUUAAACGUUUGUUUGUAACAUAAAUUUGGAAAAAUGACGAAUGUAAACAAUAUAAAUUGUAAUGUUUGUGAGACACAAUUAAGUGUCAUGAAACGUUGCACUAAAUGCAAGUCGGUGUUUUACUGUUCUCGUGAAUGCCAAGUAAAGGACUGGCCAAAACACCAGAUAUCAUGUAAACCCUCCAACACUCUGCAGAUGAAAUCCAGCAACUACAGAGCAGAUGAUAACAGUAUCUUUGGAAAUAAUACGGCUACAGAAAAUCACCAGGACAAAAGGUCUUCCUUCAGUUAUCCACCACUGGUUGACUUUUCGAAAGCAGUGAAAGGUGCUCGGACAGAUUUUAGUAAGCCUGCUGGGAAGAGUUACCUAAGUAAAGAUGAAUAUCAUACUGAUGUGCCUGAAUUAAAUGAACAUGAGCCAGCUGUAAAUGUAAGUGUGAAAUGUAACAAAGACAAACACAAACUGACAAUUCAGACUAGUUGGUGUGGUUCAGAUAUUUACAAAUACUUUUCAUAUGCACUCCAAGUGCCCCUCCAAAAAUUGAAAGUCAUUCAUAAGGGUAAAGUUCUUUGUGAAGAUAACAUUAAAGGAACCUUGAAGGAAAAAGCAGUGUACCAAGUGAUAGGUGAGGUAGCUGAGAAUGAAGACAAUGUUGACCAAAGAGAUAUCGCUGUGAUGAUGCACCAGAUGGGAUUGGACAGGAAUGCGGCAGUUAAAGUUUUGAAGCAAAAGGGAGAUCUUCUGGAUGCUUUGUUAGACCAAUAAGGCUUUGUCUGUAUAUAUGGCUGUGAAAUAACCUUUGUAAAUGGUUUACCAGUGUUGGAUAUAGAUGAGUGUAAGGAAGAAUUUUUAUAGGACCAGUAAAUAACUUCCACCAAAAUCUACAACCUAGUCUCUGCUGUGAGCUAACUUUUGUGAAUGGUUUACCAGUGUAUCAUAGAUUCUGAAGCAUAAGACAAAUUUUACAUGGCAAAUAAAUUACACUUAAACCUACACACAAGUAUCUGCUGUGAAAUAACCUUUUUGAAUGGUUUACCAGUGUUAGAAAUUUAAAUUUUUGAGCAUAAGGCAGGCCUUCUAUAGAAAAUAAAAUACAAUAAAACCUAUGAGCUAGUCUCUGCUGUGAACUAACUUUCGUGGAUGGUUGACCAGUGUAAGAAUAGAUUCUUAAGCAUUAAACAGAAUUUCUAUAGUAAAGAAAAAACAACAAGCUAUUUUCUAUAUAUUAUUGUCAGGAAUUUAGGAUUUUGUUUUAUGGAAAUGUUUUAUUCCUUUCCUUUGUGAGAUGUUCAAACAUCAAUGUUCCAGACAGUGCUUUUAAAGCAGUUCUUAUCAGGUGAUAUUUAUUUAUUUUUAUUUACUUAUUUAUGCCAUGUUAUUCUUGUUUUUGACUUAUUAUUUAUUGAAUUUAAUUUAUACUGAUGAGUUGCCAAUCGUUGUUUCUAAAGGAAAUGCCUAUUUUAUUUGUCAUUCAACUACAAAUGGGAUUACAAUAAAAAGACUGCAGGGCUUUUUCACCUUCUUUGCUAGGGGCCGAAAUUAGGCUACAUGUACUUCACAGUUGGGAAAAAUGGCAUAUUUUCCCAAUUUCAAGAAAAAAAUUUCACAAUUCCCAGAUAUUUUUCCCAAAAAGGAAGGUCUUACUUCAAAAAUUUACAAUAAAUUUUUUUUCUGUUUGAGCAAAUUAUUCUUUUUAUCUUUUAAGUUAACAUCAGAAAAAUGCUGUAUGAUUUAAAUGUUAUUCGAGGACCAAUUAGUCCAUAUAUUGCUAUCAAUUCUUUCCCUCGAUUAAGAAUCAACUCUAUGAAGAUUAAAACUAAUCUCUCUCCCUCUUUUGUCAUUGCGUCAUGUUAAAAAAGCGAGGUCAAAGACAUGAUUUCUCCCCCCGAAAAGAUCUAAAUGUAUAUCAAUUGGAAGUCCAUACAUUUUAGACUUUUCAAGCUUGACCGUGUGGAAUGUUUGUACACAUUUCAUAUUAAAAAGGUCAUAAUUGAAAAAAAAAUCAGCUAGAAGUAGACUCACAUGUAAGAUAUGAGCCUGUUUUUUAUAACACGAGUUCCAAGUUUCAUAUGGAUACCUUGACCCGUGUUUAAAAGGUGUCUUCAAUCCUCAUGUGGAAUUUCCCAAUUUGAGACAUUUACGCAUUUUAAUUUCACAAUUUGAAGAAUUUCACGCGUUUAAAUUUCCCAAAUGAAAAGGCUAGGCCUCUUCACAAUUUUUGGUGAAAAAGCCCUGGACUGUUAAUCUAUAGUUUGCCAAUUUGCUUAUUUAUAAAACAAUUAAAGUUCCUACGGGUGCAAUGAAUUUUUAUGAAUGUUAAUUUUUAAGUGCUUGCAUUUUGAAUAUUUAACUUUGAAAUAAACUGAAUCAAAA